AUGGUAAUUCCAAAGAAAAUAUCUUAUUUCUUUUAUUUGAUUUGUAUAUUAGCCAAUAUAGUAAAAAAUUUGGGUAAUAAUAUUGUGAAUUAUAAAAAUUAUACAAUAAAACAUAAUGAUCAGUGCAAGAAACAACAAUAUGUAUACUUUCUUAAAAAAAUGUAUAAAUUGUGUUAUUUAUGGUAUGAUAUGGAUGAUUCUUACCAAAAAAUAUUAGUUCAAACAAUUAAAAAUGAUAAAUGGGAAAUAAAAUCAGAACUAAUAUAUAAUAAAGAAACUACGAAUUAUUUGUACUACAGCUAUGUAAUUAAUGAAAAAUUAAUUGUUGUAAAUUGUUUUUCUAAUUCAAGAUUACAAAAAUAUGAAUGCAUUCGUUCAGUUAGUAAUGAUGGGAUUCAUUUUGAAAAUAUGAGUACAAGUUUUUCUAUGAUACCUCAUGAUAUUUCUUCUAUAAACGACUAUUCUUCACAACCAUUUUAUUUUAAAGAAAAAAAUUAUUUAUUAAUAUGUUCUCUGAAUGGAAAUAUAUCUUGGGAUAAAAAACCCAAAUUAUUUAUUACUUGCACUGCUAGCAGUGAUAAUGGAGUAAAUUGGGGUACAAUUUUUCGAUUUUAUUAUGUUAGUCCAGAUUUUAAUUAUAAUAGAUUAAAACCUGUAAUAAAUGGUAGGUCAAUAGGUUUUCACUUUACUAAAUAUAAGAAUAAUAUUUGGGCUCGAGAUUAUAUAGAAUGCAAUUAUAAUACCGAUUUUGAUUUCGAAUGCAAUCCUAUAGAUUUACAAAAAGACAAAAAAAAUUUACAAGCAGUAUUGAAAAUAGAUAAUAAUUAUGUUUCUUCUUAUAUGGGUAAAGAUGAUUUUUUGUGUUACUUAUAUUAUACAUCUGAAAAUAUUAUUUUAAUAAAAACAGAAAUUAAAAGAAAUAAGAGAGGUGAUUGUAACCCUCGUGAUCUUAUUAUGUUAGAUAAUUUGAAGUUCGUAUUAAUAUAUGCUGAUGGAAUGAAUAUAGAUGGUUUUAGUAAAUAUUAUUGUAUUAAUAAUUAG